UGCUCAGUUGGAAACAUCUUAGUCUCAGAUCAUGCCCUGGUGAGUUUAGAGAUGUUGCCACAUAUGGAGAAAAAUAAAUCAUAUAGUUGGCGCUUUAAUGUAUCCCUUUUGCAAAAUCCUGAAUUUCCAACAAAUGUUAAAGACUGAAAUCAAUCUUUAUAUGGAGACCAACUGGUCCUCAGUAUCCUCUGUGGGCGUGGCUUGGGAGGCACUUAAGGCGGUUCUUAGGGGUCGGAUCAUACAGUAUGCCUCAUUUAUCAAAAAAUCCAAAGCACGAGAACUGUGGAGUUGGAAGGGAAUAUUAAAAUUGCAGAGGCAGAGCUGAAGUGCCAAAUGUCGUCUGUUGGCCUUAGAGAACUGACUCGAUUGAAAUACAGAUAUAAUACUAUUUUGUUGCGGAAAGUGCAGUUUUGGUUAUUCAGGGCAAGACAGUCAUAUUUUGAGUCGGGAAACAAAGCAGGGAAGCUUUUGGUUAGAUAUAUAAAGCAGAGAGAGUCUUUUUCUACCAUUACCUCAGUGAAAUCUGCUGGUGGUGAAAUGUUUACCUCAGCCAUUGAUAUUAAUAAUGCUUUUAAAGAAUUCUAUCUUGAUCUCUAUAGUUCCACGUCUUCGUCUACUGUGUAAAGAAGAAAACAACAGAUGAAAACGCGACACAAAACAUUAUAUCAAAGAGUGUUUAGUCCCAGACUGACCACUCGUGUUAAAAUGAAUGGGAGAAAUUAAAACACCCAAUAUGGCGGAUGUAGAAAAUGAAGUCCCGCCUUAUAGGUAAAAGAGCCAAUCACAUUUUAGAUACAGACAUCGCCUGUCCGUCAACUCGAGAAUGCGCAUGCGCACUAGCUGAACCAACCUGAAAAAUGCCUUUUUUUGCCUGAUCUUAGCUAAUGAAGCACAAUUUAUGAUGCCGUUGUUUUGAGAUUUAACUACUGAUUUUAAAUAUGUUCUUUGAUCAUCAUCUUGACCAACAGUUUUUGAAUGUUGCACAAUCAAGUGGGUAAGAGCUGUACUUUCAUGCCGCUUGUAUCCAUCGAACAUAGCUGCCCGAAAGCGUUUAAAAAAAGGCCGCCGAGUGGACUGACUUGCCUAGAAUGUGCUUUGAUCAUCUGCGUUAAGUAUGCGCAACGUUGAGCGCCAAAACACAUGAAGCAACGCACAUCUUUUCAUCCCAGAAUGCUCAGCUGAAAGACAUGGACCAAAAUGACAAUGACUUGCAAGGAACUGAUGGUUCAGGGUCCCAUGGAGGUCUUGAUGUUCGCAGACAGAUUCCCAUCAAGUUACUGUCUAAACAGUUGGUUAGAGGUAAACCAGCUGCUCGACCUCAACGGCCCACCACAAGGUUGCCCUCAAAAAGUGAUGAAGCAGAGCCUAUCAGCUAUAAACAGGAGAAAAGGUUUGAGUGCAAAUCUGGAGAUGCUUAUGGAAACCAACGCAGAUUCCCUCAACCAAUCUUCUGGGAUUAUAAGCUCAACUUGGUAGGAGAAAAAGAUGCCACUCCGGUCCAUUUUUGUGGCAAGUGUGGCCUGCCCAUAAAGACCUAUGGGCGAAUGAUUCCCUGUAAGCAUGUUUUCUGCUAUGAUUGUGCAGUGCACUAUGAGAAGAAAUGUGACAAGAUGUGCCCUGGUUUCUCCCUCUACAGCUGCACAGACCCGGUCCAGCGCAUUGAGCAGUGCCAUCGUGGUUCCCUUUACAUGUGCAGCAUUGUGCAAGGCUGCAAACGCACCUACCUCUCGCAGCGAGACCUACAGGCCCACAUCAACCAUCGCCACAUGAGGGCCAGCAAAACCAACAGCUCUCGCCCAGAUCCGCCACACCCAGCCCUGGCCUCAGACCCACCUGACCGCUUCCGGUUGCCGCCGCCACCCCACCUGCCCAAGGGACACCCUCUGAUCCCUCCACCACUGCAAGGCCAUGACGCUUACAGCCAACCUCCCCCAGUCUCACCCUCCUCUUCUGAUCUGGGGCCUUCCUCUCGCUCCCUCCCACAGGAGACCUUCCGUAUUGCCACCUUGACUACACGUAAACAUAGCAACCUCAUCACCGUGCCCAUCCAUGAUGACUCUGGGAGCUCCGGCCCCUCCUCCCGUGAGCCCCAUCCACAGACGCCCUCUGGCCCACCUCCACACCACCACCCUGGAGACUACUCCAGCCAACCUGUGGUAUCCCACCCGCAUCAUAUAAUGCCUCCGCCACAACAGCCACACUAUGGGCCUCCACCCCCACCUCCCCUUCUCGGCAUCCAAAUGCAGCAUCCGCCCCAGGGCUCGGCUGCACCUCACAUGGUGUAUAACCAAGCACCUCCCAUGUCAACUGCUCCCCCUCCAAUUACCCCUCCACCUGGACACAUCAUUGGCCAGAUGCCACCAUAUAUGAAUCAUCCACCACCUGGUCCAAUUCCCCAACAUGGGGGUCCACCUGUCAGUGGCCCCCCUCCUCAUCACUACAACCCAAACUCAAUGCCACAGGACCAAGGCACUCUUAGUCCUCCCUUUACCCAACCAGGGGGCAUGAGCCCAGGAAUGUGGCCCAAUCAACGUGGCCCACAUCCACCUCGUAUGCAGGGGCCACCACCACAGGGACAGAUGCCUGGGCCACACCACCCUGACCAGUCUCGGUACAGACCAUAUUACCAGUAGUAUCUUGUCUACGUCAGCUCUGAUAGACGGCGUGAGCUACAUAGUGUCAUCCUCAACUGGAUCCAGCAAGCUGCCUGGACUGUGUGUCUAUGAGUCUCUUGCAAUGAUAACUAGAUACGAUCUGCAUUGCUGGUGAUUUUGUAUUAAUGUCCCUCGUUAGGGUAUUUCAUGGAAUAAUAAAGGACUAAAUAGUUGUGUGGAAAAAAAACAUGCAGUUAAAGAAAUCGUUCAGUCAAAAAUGAAAAUUCUGUCAUCAUUUACCCUUAUGUUGUUCCAAACCUGUAUGACUUUCUUUCUUCCAGUGAACAUAAUUGAGAUGUUAGGCAGAAUAAAAGCUUCAGUCACUA